AUGGCUUCUGCUGGUGUGCUCAGCCUGCCUGAGGGUCUGACUCUUCACAGGGACCAGCAGCUGCAGCAGCGAGCGGGGAAGAGCGGAGAUGGAAACGCCUACAGUCACUCUGAGCUGCGCUCCAUCGAACAGUGUUUACUGGCUACAAGAGUGGGCAGCAUCUCUGAACUCAGUGACAUAGUGUCCCGGGCCAUGCACUACCUACAGCCGCUGUACAUGAAGAACCCCAACAAUGGGACGCCGAUCCACCAGAAGAGCGGAGUGAUCCACUGGGCGCCCGAGGCCAUCUACACGCUGUGUUACUUCAUGCACUGCCCUCAGAUGGAGUGGGAGAACCCCAACGUUGAGCCUUCGAAGGUCACCUUACAGACAGAGAGGCCGUUCUUGGUGCUGCCGCCCCUGAUGGAGUGGGUGCGCGUGGCAGCGGUUCACACGGAGCACAGACGCAGCUUCUCUGUGGACAGCGACGAUGUUCGGCAGGCUGCCCGCCUCCUGCUGCCCGGAGUGGACUGUGAGCCGCGCCAACUCCGAACGGAUGACUGCUUCUGUGCCUCGAGGAAACUGGACGCUGCCUCUACUGAAGCGAAGUUCCUGCAGGAUUUGGGCUUCCGUAUGCUCAGCUGUGGACGCACAGACUUGGUGAAGCAGGCUGUCAACUUGCUGGGGCCUGAUGGUAUCAACAGCAUGAGUGAGCAGGGGAUGACCCCGCUGAUGUACGCUUGUGUCCGUGGAGACGAGGCCAUGGUGCAGAUGCUGCUGGAUGCGGGGGCUGAUAUUAACAGCGAGGUGCCAAACUCAGUGCACAAGCAUCCCUCAGUCUUUCCCGAAACGCGGCAGGCGACGCCCCUCACUUUCGCUGUGUUACACGGACAUGUGCCCGUGGUGCAGCUGCUGCUGGAUGCCAAAGCCAGUGUGGAGGGGUCCCUGCAGGACGGCAUGGAGAACUACACAGAGACCCCGCUGCAGCUGGCUGCUGCUGCAGGUAACUUUGAGCUUGUGAGUUUGCUGCUUGAGCGGGGGGCGGACCCCAUGGUGGGAACCAUGUACCGCAAUGGCAUCUCCACCGCGCCGCAGGGAGACUUGAACUCCUACAGUCUGGCAGCUGCCCAUGGACACAGAAAUGUGUUUCGUAAGCUGCUGUCUCAUACAGAGAAAGGGAAAGGGGACGUCUUAUCCCUGGAAGAGAUCCUGGCAGAGGGUUCGGAGCUGGAAGCUAAAAGUCCGUCUCACAUUGACCUGAUCCGAACUGGGAAGGCCAAACUCAAAGCCCUGAAAGAAGCCAUGUACCACAGUUCAGAACAUGGGCAUGUAGACAUCACCAUAGAUAUACGGAGCCUCGGGGUUCCAUGGACUUUACACACUUGGAUGGAGUCUCUGCGAACGUGUUUCCAUCAGCAACGCCGACCUUUGAUCCAAGGUCUCCUCAAAGAGUUCAGCUGCAUCGAGGAAGAGGAGUACACUGAGGAGCUCAUCACGCAUGGCUUGCCACUCAUGUUCCAGAUCCUCAGAGCCAGCAAGAAUGAGGUGAUCAGCCAGCAGCUGUCUGCAAUCUUCACCCAGUGUUACGGCCCUUACCCCAUCCCCAAACUAGCAGAGAUCAAGAGGAAGCAGACGUCACGCCUGGAUCCUCAAUUCCUGAACAAUAAAGAGAUGUCAGAUGUGACCUUUUUGGUGGAGGGGAAGCCUUUCUACGCCCACAAAGUCCUGCUCUUCACAGCUUCCGGCAGGUUUAAAACUCUUCUUGCAAACAGACCUUGCGGUGAAAACACAUGCAUAGAAAUCAGCAAUGUGAAAUAUCACAUUUUUAUGCUGGUGAUGCAGUAUCUCUACUGCGGGGGGGCCGACGCUCUGCACAUCAGGAACACUGACAUCAUGGAGCUUCUGUCUGCAGCCAAGUUCUUCCAGCUUGAGGCUCUGCAGCGGCACUGUGAGAUCAUCUGCACCAAGAACAUCAACACUGAAACCUGUGUGGAGAUCUACAACCACACCAAGAAUCGCGGGGUUGCUGGUCUGCCGCUGCCAUCAUUGUUUCUUGGUGCUCCAGACUUGGCGUCCUAUAUAGAGGGCUACUUCCUAAAGAACAUGUUAAUCCUGAUCGAGUUGGAGCCAUUCAAACAGCUGCUGUACGACACGCCUCCAGAUAGCCCCGGCUCUGACAUCCUGCAGGAUCUGGAGAAAACCCUGGCCAUCCGCAUCCAGUCCAUCCACCUGUCCUCCUCCAAGGGAUCCAUCGUCUGAUCUCCUUCUGAACACAGGACCAGAGAAUAUUUAGCAGAGACAUGACACUGUAUUGACAUGAUAGAAAAAGAUAAGACAUUUAUCUCUGUGAAGCUCAUCAGUUGCUAAUAAGCUUUUGUUAUCAUUACACAGAUAGUCUGUCUGUCUGCCUUGUUGAUAUCUAUCAGCUAGUAUUGAAGUAACAUACAAUGACUGUCAUAAGAUAGCUGCCACAGUUUGCCAAUAACAUCACAUCACUGUAACAAUGUCCCUCAUACAGCUAAGUAGAACAGUCUGUGUGUUACAUGUUUAACUAAAUGGAUCAGGUGGUACUACGGGAACACAGAGGGAGAGCAACAAUCAGCAUCAAAAUACAAUGUUGAGAUGAUGAACAACCUCAGCGUAAUGUGAUAAGCCAUCAGUGUAUACCUUCCUGGCUCUGUGAGGAAGAACUGCUGUGAAUACUUGCUUAAACUUCUGGACUUGUACAGAGUAAUUAUUUGUAUAUUUGUCAGUCACUUUGCAUUAUCUGUGCUGAUUAGUCCUUAAAGACAAACAACUGACAAGAACCUGUAAUGUGACAGAUACAAAGAGGGACUUUCACCACGUGACUUUGGACAACAUGAGUGGGAAAGAGGACUUCCCCUGUGUAAAUAUUGUUCAUAAGAAACAGAGCUAUUGAUAAUGUAACUUAAUGUAUAUAUAUAUGUCCACGGAUGUUUUCUCAUGUGUCUUACUGUUGGAUAUCGCUGUAAAAACAAGAAGCUCAUCUUUUAAAUAUCUAUGUUUAAAUGUUGCAUGUCAGAGGGAUGACUGUGUUUCGUUCUUUUCUGUUUUGAGUAUGACUUUGAAGAGCUGUUCCACGCCUAAACGACUGAAAGUAGAGUGAGGAUAUUUUUGUCAUCAGCAUGGGUCACUAAAUGUUAUGGUCACAUGGUGUCGUCAUUUCUUUGUGUGAGAGGCUCCAGGCCUGUCUAGUCCUGAACUGGGAACAUUGUUUUUCAGGGAUUGUGAAAUCACAUGGCUUGUAUACUGUGUGUGUGACUUGAUAUAUCUUUCCUCUAUAAAGAUUAAUAUAAAGGAUACUAUGAAUCUGCUCAUGGAUUCUCCUGGUGCAGUCUCUGGCUCAAAACAGCAAGGGGACAUCUCUUAUUCCGUUUCAUGUCAAAUUUGAAUUUAUUUUUCUCUCCAUCACUAUAAGGUCAUGGUUUAGCUUUUUUUGUUGUUGCACCAAACUGGAAACAAUCCAACACUGUCUUAGAUAGAUAUGAUGAAAAUAAAUUCUUAUUCCCAGUUCACUUAUUUAU